AUGUCCAGUUAUGGUAAGCUGGAGGUGGCUAUUGAGAUCACGGUUGGUGCUUACGAGUUCUGUGAUAUGGUGGUAAUUAAACAGACCACACCAUAUGGGAAAGCUAAAGUAAGCCAGGCGAUGAUUGAAGCCCUGGACAGCAAGAAACAUUCAACGACUUGGAAAAUCGUUGAAGGAGAACUUCUUGACCAUUACAAGAGCUUCAAGUUCAUCCUGCAAAUUAUUACCACUUCAAACCCGAAAGCAACGGUCCAUAUGAUUUUGGAGUAUGAGAAGAUGCAUGACGAUGUUGCAGACCCAUAUUUUAUGCUCCAGACGGUAACUGAUAACAUCAAAGACAUUGACGCUAGCUCAUCUACUCACUCAGAGCCGGACCUGAGGUGA